AAAAAUGCAAAUAAAAGUCAUCACUAGCCCUCUGAUCAGCCGGUAUAUAACAACCAUAGGCCGUUAACCGACACAAAACGGACACUCUCUCUCUUGUCUCUUCUCUAUUUUUCUCUUCUCCUCGUUUCGUCCUUAAUAACAGAAUUCUCUCUGGUUUCUAAAACAAGGGGUGAAGAAGGAAGAUAGCUUAGAAUUUGCUUUUCAAUUUACCUCUUCCAUUAUACGCACGCCGCAUUAUACUCUCGAUAUUUUGAUGAUUUUGGUGAUAAAUUGUAGUUUGAAGUCUAGGCGCCAAGUCUAGUGCUGGUCUCUCUCGCUCUCUUCUUCAUCAUCAGUAAUGGGCUGCGCUAGUUCUAAAGUCGCAAGACAGUUUCCUAGACAUGAGGACCCCGUAGUCCUUGCUUCACAGACAACUUUUAGUGUAAGUGAAGUUGAAGCACUAUUUGAACUAUUCAAGAGAAUUAGCGGUUCUGUUGUUGAUGAUGGGUUAAUAAAUAAGGAGGAGUUUCAGCUGGCUCUUUUCAAUAACAGAAAGAAAGAGAAUCUCUUUGCCAAUAGAAUCUUUGAUCUCUUUGAUGUUAAGAAUAAAGGAGUCAUUGAUUUUGGUGACUUUGUUAGAGCACUUGAUGUCUUCCAUCCCAACAGUCCACAAGAAGAAAAGAUAGACUUUGCAUUUAGGCUUUAUGAUUUGGAGAAUACAGGAUUUAUUGAGCGGCAAGAGGUUAAGCAAAUGUUGAUUGCACUCCUUUGUGAAUCUGAAAUGAAGUUGUCAGAUGAGACAAUUGAGAUGAUUAUCGAUAAGACUUUCCUGGAAGCUGAUUCUGACAAUGAUGGUAAGAUAGACAGAUCUGAAUGGCGGGACUUUGUCUGUAAAAACCCAUCCUUGUUAAGGAUCAUGACACUGCCCUAUCUAAGGGACAUCACAACGACAUUUCCAAGUUUUGUUUUCAACUCUGAGGUGGAUGAAAUUGCUACCUGAAAAGCUGAAAGACUGGAAAAUAGCUUUAGGAUUCUUACAAACAGUGGUAUGAGCCACUGGCCCUCUUUUUUUUUUUUUUUGAAAAAAAAAAAAUCCAGAAGUCAAGAAUCAUGGUACUCAUGAGGUGGAAAGAUCCAUUGGGAGUAAAAGCUAGCUUGAGUUAUCUUUUAACUGUAAAGCACUAUUGUUCUAAUUGAGAUUCUGUCCAUUUUUCAUGUUAAUAAUAGUAAUUUCAUAA